GCUUUCUCUGGGUCGUGGUAUAUCUUUUCAAAUCAAUUUUGGAAGCAUAUCAGACAUUUUAAACGAAACAUUUCAUGUAGUAAAGCGAUGAAUGAAAUGGCAAUUGCGAUGUUAACAAAUCGUGGUCAUAUUCACGUUAAGGGAAACGAUUCAGUGAAAUUUUUACAAGGUCUGUUGACAAAUGACGUUGCAUUAUUUCAUUCCGACAAUCAAAUGAAUGCGAUGUACUCAAUGAUGUUAAAUAGUAAAGGUCGUGUAUUGUAUGAUUUAUUGCUCUAUAAAUACGACAAUGGCUUCUUGAUGGAGAGUGAUGCUAUGGCUGUUGCCAGUAUUUUAAAGACCUUUCAGCUUUACAAAUUGAGAUCCCAUGUAACUUUUAAGGACGUUAGUAAACAUUUUGAUACAUACGCAGUACUCAAAGAAAACGCAACUUAUGGAUCUAUUAGGACAGGUAAAGAGAAACAUGGUAUUUUUGUUGUGGAUCCUAGAGUUGCAUUACUCGGAUCUCGCUUGCUGUUGCCAAGAGGUGAUGAUGUUACAGAUUACUUUUAUGAUGUUGUCAAGAUCAAUAAUCAAGAGGUGUAUGAUGAACAUAGAGUGAAAUUGGGGGUAUGUGAAGGGAUAAAGGAUAUCAAACCACAUCAUGCUUUACCUUUGGAGUAUAAUGUUACAGAGAUGCAUGGGGUGUCAUUUCACAAGGAUGUUAUAUUGGUCAGGAACUGACUGCAAGAACCUAUCAUACUGGAAUGAUAAGAAAAGACUUCUCCCUUUUCAAAUGGAGAAUGCUUUACUUACAGAAAAUAUGCUACCUAAUGAAAAUGUUACUUUAACUUCGAUGAAUGGAAAGCA